CCCCAGCCAACAAGCCAACUUCAAGCUUCAGUCUCAACUUUGACUUCGGUCGUCCACUCUUUACCAACGCUCAAGCACAUUGCUUUUAAUAACACUCUCUUCCAACACCAACUACACCGUUCUUCAAGAACCCACCCCUUUUAAACAACCCCCCCAACCGACAAAAUGCGUUUCUCCGCUGCUGCUCUUGUCAUGGCCGGUGCCGUCCUCGCUGAGGAUGCUGCCCAGUCCACUGUCUACCAGACCGACUAUGUCACCAUCACCUCGUGCGCCCCCACGGUGACCAACUGCCCUGCUCGCAGCACCGUCGUCACCUCGUCGGUCUACCCCGUCACCACCUCCACCAUCUACAGCACCUCGGUCCGCACUAUCACCCAGUGCCCUCCCUCGGUCCCCAACUGCCCGGCCCAGUCCACCCAGGUCGUCACCGAGACCGUCCCUGUUGCGACCACCGUCCGCCCUGUGACUGAGACCUCCGUCGCCGCCAUUGGUGCCAGCUCCUCCGCUGCCUUCUCCAACGGCACCACCAUGGCCCCCGUCCCUACCCAGCCCGCUGGCACUGGCCUCCCUCCCACCACCCUGAGCACUGCUGCUCCCGUUGCCCCCGCUCCUGAGCAGUGCGGCCACUCCGUCAAGACCAUCUCCACCCAGAUCACCACCGUCAUCCCCACCGUGAUCUACGAGACCGUUGACGUGCCCUGCGCCACCGCCUCGGUUGUCGUUCCCCCCGCCAACCCCCCCGCCAGCCCCUCCGGCGGCUUCGCCCCUCCCGCUGGCAACGGCACCGUCCCCACCACCGGCUCCCCCAGCCCCUCGGCUCCCGUCACCGCCGGUGCCGGUGCCAUGACUGGCUCUGCCCUCCUCGCCGCUGCUGCCGGUCUCCUCACCGUCUUCCUCGCUUAAAUUCACUUUUAAGUGACGAGGAACAGGAGUUCAACAAAUGCGUGGCUCGGAAUCGACCUUCGGACGACGCAGAAUCAGCAGUUUCUUUUGUAUCUUUGAUAUCCUUGGGUUUUAGAAGAACAAGAAAGGGCCUGGAUGGCUGUACCAUUGCAUGGGGCGCGCAACCGCAACAACAACAUAUCAAUUAUUUUUCAUGACAUGGAUCAAGUCUUUUCAUGUACAUCCUUUUUGGAGAGUGGGCGCGCUGGUCAUUCCGGGACAAGAGAGAGGAAGCACCAAUUUUUAUAUACCUAUUCAUAUACCAUAGCGAGCAUUAUCUUUAUGUCCUGUUUUGGUUUACACUAUCUCGAAAUAAAGACGAUCUCGUUAUACCCUAUCUAUACCUCUACCGGGCCAUGAGUCUCUUGUUUUGUCAUUUUUUUAUUGGGGAAUGCGGAUAUUCUUUCUACUAGCAUAUGACAGCGUGCGAAGAAACGUGGUAGAAUGGUACUCAUAUCCUAUCUUUGUAUUUACUAAAUUCUAAUUGCUACUGAUCGUCCAAUGUUUAUGACGAUGAUAGCUGAAUGGAAACACUUUUUGGAAACA